AUGCAUCUAAUCACUCUGGCUACCUCACUUAACCAAUGGGCUUUGGAUUUUCAGGGAAAUUACGAAAGAAUCCUUGAGAGCAUCAAAGUCGCUAAAUCUCGCGGUGCUUCUCUACGCGUUGGCCCUGAGCUUGAGAUUACCGGCUAUGGCUGCUUGGAUCAUUACUUGGAGGGUGACACUAUCCUUCACUCAUGGGAAAUUCUCGCCAAAUUACUCCAAGAUGACCACACACAUGGCAUCAUUUGCGAUAUUGGCAUGCCUCUUAGACAUAAGAACGUCACUUACAAUGCCAGAGUUAUUAUCAAUGAUGGCAAGAUUCUUCUUAUUCGUCCAAAGAUGUGGAUGGCCAAUGACGGCAAUUACCGCGAACUGAGACACUUUUCUCCGUGGUUGAAACACCGCCAAACGGAGGACUUCUUCUUACCGCGCAUCAUACAAUCAACUACCCAGCAGACUACUGUUCCAAUUGGUGACAUUGUCUUGUCAACGCUCGAUACCUGCGUCGGGGUUGAGUUGUGCGAGGAGCUCUUCACUCCAGCAGCUCCACACGUCAAUAUGGGUUUGGAUGGUGUCGAGAUAUUCACCAACUCCUCCGGAAGCCACCAUGAGCUCCGUAAGCUAAAUAGACGUAUGGAGCCGAUCAAGGAGGCUACACUGAAGCUUGGUGGUAUUUACCUGUAUGCUAACCAACGCGGCUGCGACGGUGACAGGUUGUACUACGAUGGUUGUGCCAUGAUAGUGUUGAACGGCGAGGUAGUUGCUCAGGGUCCUCAAUUCGCUCUUACAGACGUAGAUGUCGUCACGGCCACUGUGGAUAUGGAAGACGUGCGCUCGCGCCGCACCUCCAUCAGCCGCAAUCUGCAAGCAGCACAGAGUGGGGCACUUCCACGCGUACACGUCCCUAAGGCUCUAUCCUACGGUGUAGGCGAGAAUUUUCUUGCUGCUCAACCUUCCCAGCCCGCUCCUCUCACUAUACACCGCCCCGAAGAAGAAAUAGCUCUCGGUCCCGCCUGCUGGCUGUGGGAUUAUCUGCGCAGGUCGCGCACGCAGGGCUACUUCCUCGCACUGAGCGGAGGCAUUGACUCGUGCGCUUCGGCUACCAUCGUUAGCUCAAUGUGUCGCCUGGUUGUUAAGGCCUGUCAGAACGACGAACAGCACGUACUCGCUGACGUCAGACGCAUCACUGGCGAACCCGAUCACUCGACGUAUGUCCCCGCAGACCAUCGCGAGCUAUGCAACAGAAUCUUCUAUACUUCCUACAUGGGCACGGAGAAUAGCAGCGACGAGACACGCCAACGCGCCAAGGAUCUCGCCCACGAUAUCGGCAGCUACCACGUCGACAUCAACAUGGACGCUGUGAUUGGUGCUAUACGAGACCUCUUUGGGUUAGCUACGGGACACAAACCGAAAUUCAGAGCACACGGCGGCAGCUAUGCGGAGAACAUAGCUCUGCAGAAUAUACAGGCACGUCUGCGUAUGCUGCUCUCAUAUCUCUUCGCACAGCUGUUGCCUUGGGUGCGCGGCCGCGUCGGCGGACUGCUCGUCCUCGCCAGCAGCAAUGUGGAUGAAUGUCUGCGCGGUUACCUCACCAAAUACGACUGCUCGAGCGCGGACCUCAACCCUAUUGGCAGCAUCAGCAAGACUGACUUGAAGCGCUUCAUCGCUUGGGCGCAGUACGAAUUCGACCUUCCGAUACUUGAAGGAUUCUUGCACGCCACUCCAACAGCAGAACUCGAGCCUAUUACCCAUAACUACGUGCAAUCGGACGAGGCCGACAUGGGAAUGACGUACGACCAGCUCUCCGCGUUCGGUAGACUGCGCAAGGUAGAGAAAUGUGGUCCAUUUAGCAUGUUCACCAAGCUGCUGUCUGAGUGGAAAGAUGUCAUGGCGCCAGCCGAGAUCGCCGAGAAGGUGAAGAAGUUCUGGUUCGAGUAUUCGCGCAACAGACACAAGAUGACGACAUUGACGCCGUCGUACCAUGCUGAAAGCUACUCACCAGAUGACAACCGCUUCGACUUGCGCCCUUUCCUCUACAACGCUAGAUUUCCCUACCAGUUCGAGAGGAUUGACGACACAGUGAAGCGCGUUGAGCAGCUUCAAAAAGAGGUAGAGACACAGCAAAAGUAA